AUGAAUCUUGAGGAAUAUAUUGAUUACCCUGAGGAAAGAGAUACACAUGAGGUACUUGAUGAUCAGGAAAUUGUAAACCUAACCACUAACCUUAAUUCUGCAGAAAAUAAAAGUGAUGAAGAGGAUGAUAGCACAGAAAUGUGUUCAAUUAUUCACCAGGAAGCACUAACCGUUACAGAACUGAUUGAGCAAUAUAUAAUGCAGCAGGACAUCAGUGAAACAGCCCAGUUUGAGUAUGAUGAAGCCUUAUUGAAGCUGCAGAAAGAAAUAAGAAAGUUACGAAAGGCAGCUUUCAAACAAACAAAUAUUGAAACUUACUUUAUACCCGAGAUCUGA